AUGUUUUCCCUUCCAAAUCUUGCCCCGACCGACUCCUACAAUCUCUGGUACACAUCAUCUCAAAACAAUCCUCCACAGCACAUUGAGCCUACAGGGAACUCGUUUGAUCAUUCCGCUCCACAUAUUACAUCAAACCAAAAUCAUAACUCACGUCGCCAACAAGUCAGUAAUAGAACCCCUCUAGCCCGACUGCGCUUGGAUGAAGAAUACAUUGAGAGGAGGAAACUAAAUGUUCAAAACUGGGGAAGCUCUUGGAUUAAACCUCCUGGGGUAUCAAAAUCAUUGCAUCAAUUAAGGGAGGAAAAAAGAGAAAUGGAAGAACAUCAAGAAGCCUUGAGACGAGAACAAUUGGCACAAGAACUUGCCGAAGCGGAAGAAGCGGAAACUGAGGCGAUGAUACCGGGUGAUGAUAUAGAAGGCGAGAUGGACGGUAUGGUAGAUCUUGACGAUGAAAUACCCGAUGCGGAUGAAACUGGAAUGGGACCCAGUGACUCGGAAGAAGCUAGUGAGGAAGAUGAAGAUGAAGAUGAAGAUGAAGAAAAUGAUCUUGAGGAUGUCCCUAGAGGAGUCCUAGUCUCCCGCAUGCCAGAUGAAGAAUACAGGUCAGCCCUAAUACGCGGCGGACAGCCCAGAGGGUCAAUGUUUGAAGACGACGGCGGCUCCACAAUUGCCGACGAGGAUCAAUCGCAAAUGCUACAAGAGGAAGAUCUAAUCCAUGAGUACGAAGACGAUGACCGUGGCGGAGAAAUGGAGGUGGAUCUUGACGAUGACAUACCUGAAGCCGACGAAAGAUACGAACAUACCGAUACAGAAGAUGGAUUUGAUAGCAGCGAGGAAGAAAGUGAAGCUGAAAGCCUCCCGAGUGGAAAUCAACAUGCAGGUCAUGGUGCAAGUUUGGUUAGGAGUGAUGGCACUCAAAACUCGUUGGAUCUUUCAAAUCUUAUAUCGCACGAUAGUAGCGUGUUAUAUAGUAGUCCUCGAGGAGCAAGAUGA